UCUGAAAAUUGCGAGUUAGAGGAGCCCUAAAGUGCGGUUUCUCGCUUAAAGGAGAAGGAGAAGGAGCAUCAGCUAGGAGCAUCGGCUGUAGGAGGAGGAGCUUGUAGGAGAAGCGGAUGUAUAUACGAAAACCCAGAUCCCCCCUGCGAUUUGAAGCUGUAGGGGAAGGAGAAGGAACAUCUUCAAUUGGCUUCAAGUUCUUGUGAUUCGGUGCCCAUUCUAGCUGUACAAUUCUAGAAGUCUCUCUCUCUCUCUCUCCCUCUCUCUCUCUCUCUCCUAAAAUUUGAACUGUAAAAUUUCUCAGAUUUGAGCUGUACAAUCGCUGUAAGUUCUUCAAUCGGCUGCAAGUUCAUAAUAUGUUAUAUAUCAAUAUUGUUGAAUUUAAUUGGAAGAAAAUCAAAAUGGGUGAUAUGAUAGUAGAUUUAGUUCAAUUCUAGUAAGAAUUUCUCUGUUACAAUCUAUACUAUAGAAAAACUUGGCUAGAAUGGAAGACCUCAAUGACAAAGUUCUUAAUCCUUUAUUCGAUUAGAUUCCAUUUCUUUGGUUUACAAAUAAAUGUGAUUUUCAUUCCUGAUAUUUGUUGAUAAAUGUCUACUUCAAGUGUUGGUUGCAGCAAGUCUGAUGCACUAAAUGAUGUCAUUCGGAUCUUUGAGACAAAUGAUAAUCUGAAUAGACUCUUUUAUCGCUGUCCAAACUUGAAUGGAUGUAAAUUCUUAGCUUGGUGUGAUCCCAUUAAUGCACUAGUCAUCGACUUACCCAACAGAGAAGUACCAUCAAACACCCCCAUUUGUGAAUUGCUUGAGUUGCAAGCGGAGGUGCAAGGCUUGGUAGUACAAGUCCAUGGCUUACAAGUCGGGAUUCAUGAGGUAGCUUGGCAUAUGACUUGGAAUGGCUGCCUUCAUUCAGCACACUUGCUCUCUUCUUGGCUUUAUACAAUGUCUGGUGGAAGGGACACCAGAGAGGCCGAGGUUGUCUGUCUUCCGCUCCAACAAGCAUCUCUAUGUCCAAGUGAUAGACGACAGUAAGAUGCAUACCCUUGCUUCAGCUUCAACAAUGCAGAAACCCAUCACGGAGGUGUUUGAUUAUACCUCUGGACCCACCAUUUGCAGAGUUCUCAAUUUGGGAAGCUUUUUGCAUCAGGAAGUGGCAAAGAAGGUGGGUGAAGUAAUUGCUAAGUCCUGCUUGGAGAAGGGGAUCACAAAGGUGGCCUUUGAUCGAGGUGGCUACCCUUACCAUGGACGUAUUGAAGCACUCGCUGAUGCAGCUCGAGAAUAUGGGCUCCAAUUCUGAGCAUUGGGUAGUCACUUUCUUUUCUUUUUUGGGCAUUGUUCCUCUGGACAAGCAUGACAACACGGACACAUGAAAGAGAAGAAAAUGGGGAGUGGGAGGAGGGGAGGUUUCUAUCAUCACGCCUUCAGCCAGAAGCCUUUCCAGCACACUCUGUUUUUCAGCCAUGUGGAUUGAUGAUUUAGGAAUUUGACCUUUGGAUAGAUGGGACAUUAACUUUCAUAAGCUACCUUAGAAAUUUUGUUGUUUAUGUGUGGGGCACUCUUAGGGUUCUCAUUAGGGUUCGGUGGCUCGGGUUAGAGUUUCAUGUUUCUUGAAUUUUCGUGUGAUGUUUUACGUCUGGUUUCAUGAAUUGGAUUUCCGGGUUUCAUUGUUUCAAAA